GGAUGAGUCGACUAGUCUCCAACUCGCCUGAAGACUUGUCCAGAAGAAGAAGCAGAAUAAUAAUAAGUAUGCAAGAUAACAAUAGUGAUGCCUUGCCUUUGGCAAGCACCCCUAAUAACUAGACAAAUAAAGUUUGCGAACAAACUUUGAAGUUGGCUUAAGAAAGUCUGACCUAUUCAAUGUAGUUUUAAAAGCUUGCAGUUUGAAGGUGUUCAUUUGAAGAAGUCUGAAGUUUAAAUAAGAUAGAUAGGAAUAUUAAAUAGAUAGACAUAUAGACAUAUAGAUGGAUAGAUAGGAAUUUUAAAUAGAUAGAUAGAUAGAUAGGAAUUUUAAAUAGAUAGAUAGAUAGAUAGAUAGGAAUUUCAAAUAGAUAGAUAGAUAAGAGUCAGAUGGUGUUGCUAGGGUACUUGGGGUGGUUGCUAAGGUGUUGCUAUGCGGUUGUUAGGGUACUUGGGGUGGUUGCUAAGGUGUUGCUAUGCGGUGGCUAAGGUACCCGUGGUGGUUGCUAGGGUGUUGCUACGCGGUUGCUGGAGUACCCGGAGUGGUUGCUGGGGUGUUGCUAUGCGGUUGCUAGGGUACCCGGAGUGGUUGCCAAGGUGUUGCUAUGCGGUUGCUAGGGUACCCGGGGUGGUUGCUAGGGUGUUGCUAUGCGGUUGCUAAGGUACCCGGGCGGGUUGCUAUGGUGUUGCUAUGCAGUUGCUAUGCGAUUCCUAGCAUGAUUAGCAAGUUACUAGCAUGUCGCUAACAUGUUUCUAGCAUGAUUAGCAUGUUGCUAGCAUGUUGCUAGCAUGAUUAGCAAGUUACUAGCUUGUUUCUAGCAUGAUUAGCAAUUGACUAGCAUGUCAUUAGCAUGAUUAGCAUUUCGCUAGGAUAGAUCUCAGAUAGACAGAUAGAUGGAUGAGUUUGAAUGGGUUAGAAAUAGUACAUAGAAGGGAAGUCUGAUAGAUAGAUAGAUAGAUAGAUAGAUUCUAAGGACCUCCAGUUUGAAUGGAUUAGAAAUAUUAUAUAAUAAUGUUAUAAUUUUGCCAGCACAUGAAAAUCCAUAGUCAUGUUCCUAAUGCUUAUUUCAAAUGUAGUAUUCCUGAUUGCUUCCAUGUCUUCCAUGGUCCUACAGCUGCUCCCACCCCAGCCAACAAACUUAUGUGGGGCCCAGAUGGGUGGCACCUGGGCUAUCUAACUGGGGCCCAGCCAGGUUUGUCCUCGGUUUCCAUGAGGGCCCCACAUGGGUCAGCCCAGAUGAAACAAUGAAAUGAACACUGCUCAGUAUGCAUACUACAGGGUGCUAAAAAUAAGACUGAAGCAGCACUGCAGUUCAUUAGAUAAUUACGUGAUUAAACUAGUACUGAUUAGGCAUUAGUGACAAACACCUGCUUAAGAAAAAAGUGACGAGCAGAAACACAACAACUACUAUUGACUUCCAGCCACAGCCUGCAAAACAACUGCAAAUAAAAGACAUUAAAUCUCUGAAGAACUCAGCAGAGGACGAUUAAACAACUCCACAAAUAGCAUUACUAGCAUCAUUAUUACUAACCAGACUGACGUUAUUUCUGUCAGACUUCUACAAAAGUUUUUGAGAAUUACAGAGGUUCAGAUGUUGGUUUUAUUGAAAAGUAUAUUUGUCACCAUUAUGGAGAAUAGUGUUUGUUUUAGUUGUGUGGUUGGCCCUUAAAGUUUUAACUUUAGUUUUUCUCUGGCUGCUUUAACUGUGUUUGUUAUGGCAAGACAAGCUAGAAAAAACUGUGAUGAUGAAGAUAUAAUCAUCAUCAUCAUCAUCAUCAUGUAACAGCCUGAUUCUAGAGGCUGAUUUCUGUACAGAUGAUGUGAUAAUAACUUCACAUUAAUAGCACUUGACUUGUGAGUGUACACAUCUACAUUCAACAGCGCAGAAGAAUAUUAAAAUAUAUUUUUCACAACAUGCUUUGAGCUCCUGCCUCACAAACACACAGACAUCAAGAAUCAGUGUAUGUACGGUGACAUGAUUCAUGCUGCAAUGCAUUCUGGGUGCAGCACACAAAAGUCAAUGAAUUGCGUCACCGUUGUUGAGAUUCAUACACUGAUUAUUGAUGUCUGUGUGUCUGAAAGAGCUGACAGUUAAAAACCCAAAUUCAGAAUUUUAAUUUUUUUUUUUUUUUCUUCAGGGUUAAUAAUGUGAAAUUUUUUUAAUUUGAUCAUAAAAAGCCACUUUCAAACAGUGACGUGCUCUAUGAGAAAGACUGUUUUAUAACAUUAAAAUCUAUAUGACCAUCAGUGAACAACCAUCAUCAGCUGAUCAACUUUGACUCUUAUUGUUUUUGCACACAACGUGUUUUCUAAAUGCAUUAUGGCAAAAAAACAAAACAAAACAAAAAACAAGCAUACAUGAUGAAAAUGCAAUCCCAAGUGUCCUACCCGGAAGUCUAAAUGCAUUUAGGAAAAACAGCAUUUAAAUGAUAAUUUUGCUACAGUUUUUGCUUGGACAUGUUAGACAUAUCUAAUCAAUUUUGGUAAUACAUUUUCAUUUUGCAACUUAUAAAGUGUUAAAAUAUGUUUUUAAUUUGUAUAUUGAAACUAGUGUAGGAAAUGGCAAAUGUAAAUUACAUAAUGGAAUUUUCAUUUUGCACUAAAUAUUGCACAUAUGUAUGGAAAAUGUAAGUUUAAAUACAGAAAAACAUUGCCAUUUUGCAUAUUACAUUUCAAACUGAAUUUUGCUACCCAUAUGCUUCCGUAUUACACAACCUGGCGUUGUUCUAAUGCCGUAAGUCCUUUUUUAAAUUUUUCGGAACCACUAAAGGAGAGUAAAUAAAAAAUCAAAAAAGCCUGCUCACACUUGUCCAUAUAAUGGCAGUGAUAGUGACCAGCAUCAAGAUUUACAAAAGAUACAAUAGUAUCACAGAAUGUUCCCAUGUGACAUACGUCAUAUAUUCCAAGUGUUCUGGGGGAAUACGAUAUGGUUUGGUGAAAAACAAACUGUAAUUUUAAUAUAUUGUUCAAUGAAAGUCCUGACACUGAUGUUGGUCUUUUGUGCUCGACUGUGCAUUCAUGAUAUCCUAUUAUUAUGCAGUUCACAUCUAUAGUCAACAAUUUGAUCUCACAGUGAUUUCACCAUGAGCUCACAGGAUACUCGUGAGGAGGUCACAAUGUGAGGUAACAGUGAGCUAAAAGUGUAACCUCACAGCGCCUUCACUGUGUGCUCGUACUAAUGUGAGGUCAAAGUGCACUCACUGCACAGAGACUAGGUACCCAGCAUGCAUUGCAGCAUGAAGCUUUUGAUUGUCACCAUUGUUGAGAUUCACACACCGAUUCUUGAUGUAUCUCUUUGUGUUUAAAUGACACAGUAGUUCAAAAUGUUUGUGCCUUGUCAUGCUUUUAAAAUUCUUUGUAAACGAUUAUGACACUGCUGGGUCCUAUACUGUAUAAUCACAGAGCUUUUAUUAAACACUUUAAAUUAAUAACGAAAUCUGCAUACUGAAUCUAGGUGAUGGUUGCGCUGUUAUCAUCAAUAACAAACCAAUAUCACCUGGUUGCAGUCUCUUUUUGGUUUUCCUUGCCAUAACAAAUGUGCUUUUCAAACACAGUUACAACAGCCCCAAAAAAUAUAAUGUUAUAAAGUCAAGUGUCAAGAGCCCAACUAAAGCAAAUACUACUCACCACGAUGGUAACGUCAAACAAAACAAUAAAACAUCAUCAUCUAAAUCUCUGUUAAUUCUCAAUAAGCGCUUUUGAAGAUGUCUGACAGAACCUGCUCCUCUUUUUGAGUUCACAAUGAGCUCACAUAUUACUCACACUGUGAGUAUCACCAGAUGAGAAUGGUGUGAUGUCACUGUGAUCAUCGUGUGAUCUCACGUGUUGACUCUGGGCAGAGCUCUUACUGCUGUGUUUCCUGCAUCAUCAAUAUAAAGGUUCAGUUUGGCCUGUGCAAUAAUGUUUGAAUCCAUUUGAUUGUUCACAUAAUCCUCUUGUUGGCUUUUGAAGCUGAAAACAUGUGGCUGAAUGUACAAAACACAAACAUAGUAGUACAGCUCAGAGUUUUUAACUGUGACUUGAGGACUUUAUUCUCACCAAAGGCCAGUGUGAAAUGAAAUCACUUCCUCUUUAGACCUAACACUGUUGAAAAUACUAACCAGCAUUUUAAAUAUCACAGAUCACUGUGAAGACGUACUAUCAGAUACAGUGAAUAAUGGAUUUAGAGGCUAUUUAUGAAAAUGUUGAACGCAGAGAUAUUCAGAACACAACUGGACCUCAAACUCAGAGUCACGGCCAGGAUGAAGGAAAAGGUCUAAAGCGCAGAGGAAGUAGAUGUUUGGUGUUGAUCACAGUGGGUCUCGGGCUCAUUUGUGUUCUUCUGCUGGUCUUCAUCAUACUGCAGCACGUGACCAUCACAGCAGAGAGAGACCUGAUAAAGAGUUACAAGAACACAGUUGAAGAGCUCAAUCAAACCAUCAACAGCUUGGACAAUUGCACUGAUCUAAUGACUGAAAAACACCAACUGCAGAACAACUUCAACUCUUUGAGUCAGAAGAAGCUGGAGCUGGAGACCAGAGUCAAGGAUCUCACUGCUGAGAAAAACCAGUUACAGGGCAACUUCAACUCUUUGAGUCAGAAGAAACUGGAAUUAGAAAGCAAAGUCACUUCUCUGAGUGAAGAACUAAAGAAAGAAGCAUCUAAAGGAGGUUGUUUUUUCAUGUCCAGUGAGUUGAAGAGCUGGUCUGACAGCAGGCAGUACUGCAUGGAUCGUGGUGGUGAUUUUGUCAUUAUCAACACUGAAGAGAAGCAGAGACACAUAUCUUCAUUCACCACGGAGAGAGUGUGGAUUGGUUUGUCUGACAGAGAGCAGGAGGGCAUCAUGAAAUGGGUGGAUAAUUCACCACUGAAACAAGGGUUUUGGUUCAAAGGUGAGCCGAAUAACUCCGGUGGAGAUGAAGACUGUAUUGAACUGAAUUAUAACAGAGAGACCCUGAACAGCUGGAAUGAUCGCUCAUGCUCAAAUAAGAUAAAAGGGAUUUGUGAAAAAUAGGGUUCAUCCCGUCUUGUGGUUUUGCUUCUGACAUAAACAUUCUUAUUGUGAAUGACGCAUUCUGACGCAUUCAUAUUUUGCUCCAUCACAAGCAGCUCAUUAUAAUCUUUUUCUAGAUGUUAUCAUGUUUCUCAUUUGUUGAUCUGAAGUGUCGAGGAGACAAUCACAGUAAAGUCCAACAUGUCCAGUUGCCUUGUUUAUGUUCUCUGUUAUUCUGAUAUUGAGUGUCUGUUAAACUGCUUUUGUGUUGAAUUUCUGUUUGAAUAAAAUGUUCAAUAACCAUCAUUACCAUUGUAAACUUGGGAUGUUUGUUUUCAUUUCAUACUUUACUUCAUUCUUGUGUAUCUGUUUUAUUGCUGUAUGGAGAUAUUUCCUCCAGUCCAACAGGACACAGCAGCGAGCAGGUUUAUCAUACUGAUGUGAUCAGAGAGGAAGAGAAAUAUGAGCUCAAAAGUAGUGAUGGCCAGAUGAAGCUUCAUGAAGCUUUUCAACUUUUCAGCCAAGUGGUUCACAAAAGGGUUAAUUUCUGGAGGCUUAAUUUGCUGGUGGCCAAAGAGUGUAAAACAACCAGAUUUAUUACAGACAGAGGUGUAAAGUCCAGGGGUCAAAAAGUA